AUGUUAGGCUCAUUUGGUUCUUCUUCCCAUGAGGUUGAAGAAGAUGAGCCUUCUCCACCAGAGCACCAUCAUGUCCACUACCAUCAGAUUCAACAGUACCGGAGCUUCACUUCUCCAACAUUAGUCCAUAUGCGCCAAUUGCUCAUCAGCUGUGCUGAGCUGAUGUCCAGCAGUUCUGAUUCCUCAUCAGCUCACCGCCUUAUCACCAUUUUGAUGGCUAACUCAAACCCUUAUGGUGAUUCCACUGAAAGAUUGAUCCAUCAGUUUACCAGAGCCCUUUCUCUCCGCCUUAACCGCUAUGCUACCACCACUCUCCUAAAUACUCUUCCCAACACACAACAACAUCUAGGUCAUCCUCUCAAUAACACAUUUUUUCUAACUCAUCGUCACCACCAUCAUCCCACCACCUCAUUUAACUCCUCUCCCGUCAACUCUGCUAAUGCCGCCUCGUUUUCAGCGGCCUCUAUCAAUCACAUCCCUCAAGUAGUUGAAUCAGAUGAACAAGCUCUUCUUCAAACUGCAUACUUAUCUCUUAAUCAAGUAACCCCAUUCAUCAGGUUUAGUCAGCUCACUGCUAAUCAGGCAAUCUUGGAUGCCAUUGAUCAAGGCCAAGAAGCCAUUCACAUCCUCGAUUUCAACAUAAUGCAUGGCUUGCAAUGGCCUCCUUUUAUGCAGGCCAUAGUGGAACGGUAUCCUCGGCCAAGUCUCCGCAUCACAGGCACUGGAAAUGAUCUGGAAACCCUGCGUAGAACAGGUGACCGCCUUGCAAAAUUCGCUCAUUCAUUAGGCCUAAGGUUUCAGUUCCACCCCCUUCAUCUCCACAAUGAGGACGACCCUAUUGCUGUGUUAUCCUCUGCAGUUGUUCUCCUGCCAGGUGAAAGUCUAGCGGUGAACUGUGUGCACUAUCUCCACCGGCUACUCAAAGACCGUGAUGGGCUUCGGCUUUUCCUUCAUAGAAUAAAGGUGAUGAACCCCAGAGUGGUGACCAUGGCCGAGAGGGAGGCAAACCAUAACCACCCGCUUUUCUUGCAAAGGUUUGUGGAGGCUUUAGACCACUAUGCAGCUGUGUUUGAUUCCCUUGAGGCCACUUUACCGCCCAACAGCAGGGAAAGGCUGAACGUUGAACAGGUAUGGUUCGGAAGAGAGAUUGUUGAUAUUGUGGCUGCAGACGGAGAUCACAGGAGAGAAAGGCAUGAAAGGUUCAGGUCUUGGGAAUUAAUGCUUAGAAGCUGUGGAUUCAACAAUGUCCCCUUAAGCCCCUUUGCACUUUCCCAAGCUAAGCUGUUGUUGAGGCUUCAUUACCCUUCUGAGGGCUACCAACUUCACAUACUCAACGAUUCUUUCUUCUUAGGUUGGCAAAACCAACUCCUUUAUUCGGUCUCUUCUUGGCGCUAG